GGCUGCGGCUCUGCGGAGAGACCGUCCCGUCCCGCCACCGCAGGUCGUGGCGUCGCUGCGCGGCGGCGCCGGACUUCAGUACCCGCGGUGCAGGCCGGCGAGCGCGGGGCAGCCGCGAGCCGUCUUCGCCGAGCGCCAUGGCCGCGGCCCGGCGCCGUCCGCUGCUUGGCCUGCUUUGGCUCCUGCAGAUGGCGGGCCUCGCGCAGUGCUGGAACGACCCCGACAGGGUGCUGCUGCGGGACGUGAAGGCGCUGACCCUGCACUACGACCGCUACACCACCUCCCGCCGGCUGGAGCCCAUCCCCCAGCUGAAAUGUGUCGGGGGCACAGCCGGCUGUGAUGCGUACACCCCCAAAGUCAUACAGUGUCAGAACAAAGGCUGGGAUGGCUAUGACGUGCAGUGGGAAUGCAAGACUGAUUUAGAUGUUGCGUACAAAUUUGGAAAAACCGUGGUGAGCUGCGAAGGCUAUGAGUCCUCUGAAGACCAAUACGUCCUGAGAGGCUCCUGUGGCUUGGAGUAUAACUUGGAUUAUACAGAACUCGGCCUGAAGAAGUUGAGAGAAUCUGGCAAGCACCAAGGCUUUUCUUUCUCUGAUUAUUACCAUAAGCUGCACUCUGCAGACUCCUGCGGCCUCGGUGGAUUGGUAACCAUUGUGGUGCUGCUUACUAUUGCCUUUGUCGUCUACAAGUUGUUCCUUAGUGAUGGGCAGUAUCCGCCUCCACCUUACUCUGAGUACCCGCCAUAUUCCAGCCAGUACCAGAGAUUCACCAGCUCGGCAGGAGCACCUCCCCCCGGCUUUAAGUCCGAGUUCACAGGACCACAGAAUCCUGGCCAUGGUGCGGCUUCAGGUUUUGGCAGUGCUUUCACAGGACAAGGAUCUGAAAAUGCAGGACCGGGGUUCUGGACUGGCCUGGGGACUGGAGGAAUCUUAGGAUACUUGUUUGGCAGCAAUAGAGCAGCCACGCCCUUCUCAGACUCGUGGUACUACCCCUCCUACCCUCCGCCACACUCUGGCUCGUGGAACAGUCGGCCUUACUCGCCGCUUCGUGGAGGCCCCGGUAGCUACUCAGCAUGUUCAGACUCAGAAACGAAAACCAGAACAGCCUCAGGGUUUGGUGGUACCAGAAGACGAUGAAAUUGAAGUCGAGCAUUGGAUGUGAAAUUUCUGAUUUUUCAUCACUUUUGCUUUUAAAAAAGCGCCACCUGCUAACAGCUGGGGAAGGGGAAUAUUCAAAAGUUCUGUGGUGUUUUGUCCUGUAUAGCUUUUUGUAUUCUGUUAUUUGAGGCUAAGAGCUGAUAUGUGGCAAAAUACUCCUGGCAUUGUAAGUGUGACAUGUGGACGUGUAUUAUAGUUUUUGAAAGUGAUGACUACUGUGAAAUCCAGAAAAUGUAUUUAAUUUCUAAAACCUGUGGUGCCGUAAAGCACUGAGGAUGAAGGCGUUAUACUAAGUAACUAAGUGCAGACAGUUCUGAUCUUGGUUUUAGUUGAUGAGUCAUUACCUCAUAAAAACAAUAUUCUGUUUGAUUUUAUAUUGUUUGGUGUUUACUGUUUGUCAAACAUUUAAACCAAGCUCGGGACUACUAAUUAUGCUAA